AUGCCAGACCUCACUGCCGCCGAGCUCAGCAUUCCGGCCGAGCAGCACCCCGAUCCCGCAAAGCCACUGGUGAUACCCGUCGACUCAACAGUGGUGGGCUCUACCCUGCGCUUCAUUCCGUGGUCUGUGGUGGGCAAUCCGGCCUUCCUCCAGCUGCCCCCUCCUCCUCCGGGGAUGCAACCGUCGUGGGUCCAGAUUCCGCAGUGGGUCGCCAUCAGUGCGCUGCUCCCCUUCAGUGAGCCCGAGCCCGCUGUGGCCACCCACUUUGACAGGCUCAGCGUCUUGCGGCUGGCCGUAUUGGCCGCGGCUUGGCGCCGCAUCCUCGGCGCCUUGUCCGACCUCGGCGUUUUCAGCACGGUGCACGUGGAUGAGGAUGCGUUCCGUACGGUGUGCAUCCAGGCUCUGCACUCCCGCCAAAUCCCGGUGCCCGAGCUCUAUCUGCAGUGGGGCGAUUUGGGGUACUCUGAGGCGAUCACACCCUUGGGACCAGCGCCAUCUGCAGAAGCAAAGGCCGUCGACUUCUUGCAGUACGCGACAUCCCCUUGA